CUUGAGGGACUCCUUCCAGGGAGGCCUGAGCUGGAUGUCCUGAGAUGAAGAUCAUCACCGCGGUUCUGGUGUGCCUGCUGCUGGCCGGGGCGUGGCUACAGGACGUGAAUGCCAAGAGCAUGCAUGUGUCAUCCUCCAAUUGUUGUUUCACACCGGUGGCGAGAAGGAUGGCCCUGAGGAGAAUCCAGUGUUACAAGAACACCAGCUCCACCUGCUCCUACAAAAACCAUCUAAUAUUGAAGCUGAACAGAGGCCGAGAGGCCUGUGUCUCACAGACAAAAUCGUGGGUUCGGGAUUAUUUAAAAAGGAUAAACCCCUGCCGGUGAAAGGAAAUAUGAGCCGAUUCCUUUCCAUCCUGGGCUCUGGACACCGCGUGGCUUUACCUGUCCCCUCAACGCCCAACCCUACACCAGUCCUUCU